UUUCAGUAUGAAAAAAUUGGUCGACUACGCAUACACAAGACCUCAUCAUGAAGCCUGUGAAAGGAUGAUACCGCUCUCAAGAAGCUCAUCUCUCUCUCAUCUUCCCACUAAAUCACUCUUGUAAUGGCUUUCCAUACCAUCCAACCAUUUCAAUAUGUGGCUCUUCGAUUGCCAAAUGAUCACACGAAAGUCGAACAUAUACUCCCCAAUACGUAGGUCAUGACACAAUCAUCUUCUCAUAAACCUCGGCAAAUAUGGUUCUUUUCAUGCGAAUUCAAUCAUCGGCCGUCCUUACUAUGCAACCUUCGAAAUCUACGACCGCUCGGAGGUCAAGGAUGGUAGGGAGCUCAGGAUUGUUCCUGCCGCUGAGCUACAUGCCAUUGCUCUAGUUGAGCAAGCAGAAAUGGAGGAUGUCUCUACGCCGGGAGACGAGACAGGGGCACAGUCCACACCAAAGUCAAACGUGAAUACUCACGACGAUCCCACAAAUCAGAAAUUGACCAUGGCCGAGAUCGAAGCACUAAAACAAAGUGACAUGGGCAGUGGUAAAGAGCUGAUCGAGAAAAUCAUGCAGUCACAUUCCACGCUGGACCAGAAAACAGCCUUUUCCCUCGCAAAGUACACACUACGUAAGCACAAGAAAUACUUGAAACGCUUUUGUGUCCUGCCACUUGACGUGUCAACGCUAGUCGACUGGAUGAUGGCGGAUCGAGAUUUCGCGAAGGUCAUGGAACUGCGGAAUGAGGCUGUUGGUCUCAUGGGUUGCUGGGCCAAUGUUCAUGCUGGCGGACAAGACGUUUCCCUACCUGAAACCGACCCUUCAAGUCGCUAUCUCAUUGUAGACGAUACCGGGGGUCUGGUCGUUGCUGCCAUGGCCGAAAGAAUGGGCAUUUUGCAUCAGAUGAAUUUCCAAGUUGAUAAAGUUAGAGAUGGUGACGAAGAUCUUGAUCCCGAGGCCGAAUUUGAUCAAACCGGACUCACCCUUUCGGACAAGCCAAAGAGACAGCAGUACAGACCAAGCGCUAUGAGCGCGAAAUCUAAUUGCAUCACCGUGGUCCACGGGAACCAGCAACCUAAUCUCGCCCUCUUGAGAUACUUCAACUUCGACUUCAACAAUCCGACACCGUCACAUCUGUUGUAUACUAGCCUGAAAACGCUCUCCUGGCUCCAACUCCUAGAACCACAGUCCGACACCACAUACCGAGAACCAGAAGUCAUACCACCCGAGGAGCUCGCCAAAGCCAAAUCCAAUAAGAGAAGUGCAUACUAUCGCAAACGGCGGCGGUGGGAACGAGUCCACAACAUCGUCGACGAGACCCAGAAGGGCGGGUUCAACGGCCUGGUUGUAGCAAGCUACACUGAUCCCGUCUCGAUUCUGCGCCAUCUCGUUCCUCUUCUCGCGGGUGGUGCCCAAGUGGUGGUCUACUCUCCUAGCAUCGAGCCACUUAUCACGUUGGCAGACUACUACUCAACAGCCAGGCGGACGGCGUUCCAAACCAGACCGGAAGAUCAGAGGCAGGUGCCGUCCAAGGAUUUCCCGCUCGACCCAACACUGCUACUGACGCCAACGGUACAAACGGCACGAGUGAGACAAUGGCAAGUUCUGCCUGGCCGAACACAUCCGCUCAUGACCGGACGAGGCGGAGCAGAGGGAUACAUCUUCUCAGCUACAAGAGUGCUUCCGGCUGAAGGGAGAGUCGAGGCUAGAGGACGGCCACCACGAGGGAAGAAAGCGAAGGCCGAGACUCCUGGAACUCCAGCUUCGCUCGAGGAUGCUCCUCCCCAUUCGCCGCUCAAGAAGCAAAAGACGGAGCCGUCGAGCGACCUUCCUGUAACGGUAGAAGCUUCUGUGGACUCCUCGAAACAGGAAUCAGACGUGGAAAUGAAGACAGAGAUUUAGACGGUGUCAACACCAGACCAUCGAAUUGGACACGACCGCCUUGG